AUGACAACAGGACACAAUGUGUCCUUCCGUGGGCGCUACCGCCUUGCGCGAGUCAUCCUCCUCGCCACGGCCCUCAUUAUGCUGAUAUUGUACGCGACAAGCUCAAGAUGGGAACCGGAACAGCAACAAGGCCAAGUCGCACCUCGAGUCCUCGAGACUCCUAUCGUCGAUUCCCCUGCUACAAUGCCCGCCAAAUAUACCGACCCCACGGGGGAUCGUGUUGCCACCCAUCCCAUGGCACCCGGCGAUGAAGCCUUCCAGCCGAUCGACGACCCGCGAGUACCAACUGCAAAGGCAUUGACAGAGCAUGAUAAAGAAAUCAGCCCAAGUGCGGAGGGAAGCCUCUACUCCAAGAUUGGGAAAUUGUCCAUGCUGUACUACAACGAAGUGUCUAAGGAGACCUUCUGGUACGAGCAGGCACUCGCAGGGCACAGAAUACACAACAUGCGGUUCGGUUACAAACACUUCGUCUUGCGUCAUGAAAUCGUGCCCGAUAUCUGGUCGAAGCAGGCAUUCAUCCUGUCGGUCCUGCUGCAAGAGUUGGCCAAACCCAUGGGUGAACGUCUGGAAUGGCUCUUUUGGCACGACGCUGACCUGGUCCUGAUGAAUUCGAACAUUCCACUCGAGAUAUUUUUGCCGCCCCCUGAGUUUUCUCACAUUCAUCACAUCGUAGCGAAUGAUCUGAAUGGUCUGAACGCUGGAGUCUUCUUCCUGCGUGUUCAUGAGUGGUCCAUGUGGUAUCUUUCGGCGGUCAUGUCGUAUACCAACUUUCACCCUGACAGAGUAUUGCGAUAUUCCGAACAGACGGCUAUGGAGUGGCUGAUCCAAGAGGAGAAAUGGGGAAUGAACACAACACACGUCCCGCAACGAUGGUUCAACGCGUACCAAAAUUUCGGCAUUGACAACACAGUCCCGCCAGAGUGGGAAUGGAAGCAUGGUUAUUACGAACCCGGAGAUCUCCUCGUUCACCUUCCUGGUACUGCCGACGCUCGACCAGAAGUCAUGAGGGAAUGGUUAGGCCGCGUUCAUGAUCAGAGUGCGCGGUACGAGAUACCACUGGCCGAUACGACACAUGUCAAAAACAUCACUGAAUUUUGGCUCAAUGACGCUCGCAACGAGAAGAAAAACCAAGACACGUUCUGGCGUCGAUGGCAUAUCUUGAUAAGAGUUGGAAGCCAACAAGACGACCAGGUAAGAGAGGCUGUCGCUCAAGCUGAGACCCUUGCGGAUCAAGCUAGAUUGAGUCCUGAACAAAAGGAGCAUAGAGUAAAUGAGGUCAAGGAAAAAUACAGGCUCCAGAAGAUCGCCGCACUGCGACGAGCGGAGCAAGAGAAGUUGCAAGAGGCGGGUCUGUUGGAGGAGCAGGCUCCAACGACGGACAGAUGA